GUUCAGAAAAAUGGGUCUUCAUUUAAGCAUUAGUGACCAAUGAUGUUGGAUCGAAGAUCCUUCGACUGGGUAAUCGAUUAUCGGAUUUUAGUUUCGUGUUGAAUCCCAGUUGAGCAAAUCGCGCGAAUAUUAGCAAACACGUCAUUUGGAUUAAGGGAUUUUUGGGUGAAAAGUGAUCCAAUAGUGAGCGCAGUUGAUUUAUGCAUAUUUCUAUUGCAAGCGAAGACUCGUGAGUUUAAAGUGCAAUUUGCCAAGAACUUUUUAAGAAUCCGCAAUGCCGCUCAUUGAUAAUGAGUUUCAAUCUUCGGAUUUGCAAGAACCACAAGCAAACACCCUGUCGAGGGCUCAACUCCGUAAAAGCCAUAAGCCCAUUAUGGAAAAGCGGCGUCGAGCCAGAAUCAACCACUGCCUGAACGAAAUCAAGAAUUUACUACUAGAAGCAAAGAAUCAAGACCCCAGUCGUCAUACGAAACUCGAAAAAGCUGAUAUUCUGGAAAUGGCUGUACAGCACCUUCAGAAUAUCCAGCAGAAGCAAAUUGCCUUAGCCGCUGCCAGAGAUCCCACAGUCAUUGGAAAAUUUAAGAAUGGAUUCACUGAUUGCGCCUCUGAAAUCGACAGAUUCAUCAGCAGCUCUGAUAGCGUGGACACCGGAAUUCGGGACAGAGUGACGGAUCAUCUGCAAAAAUGCAUGUCUGAUCUAAACAAAGUGGCCCCAUUCGUUUCAACUGUCGCUACUGUACCGCUUUUGCAUUCAACUGAUUUUUUUACUAGUGCCAAUCAGAGCCAAUUUAAAGGAGGAACUGGAGACCAGAACAAUAAUCCACGUGUCCAAAUUCCUCAGGGAAUCCAGCUGAUUCCUAGCCGACUGUCCACUGGCGAGUUGGCUCUCUUAGUACCCAAUUCCUCAAACUUAUCAUAUUUUCCUUCGCUCUCUCUUCCAAACCGUCCAAGCGCUUUUGUGGCCGUCACGCCUCAAGCGGGUGAUCCUCCAAGAAUUCUCAGUCCUCCAUUGAGCCCGAUUGAAGUGCCCCCAAAAGCUGAUUCCUCUAAGGGCUUCCGGCCGAUACCCAGACCCAAACCUGGAUACCCUGGAGGCGACCACCAAGUGCCCCAAAUCACUUCCACUGUUAGCAACGUGGAGAAACACUUCAGCGCUCCCAUGGAAGUUAAGACCAUUAAGUUUCCGAUCCACAAGCCGCUGGAUAAGGAGAGAAAGCUGGUGGAACAUACGAGUGUUAUCAGGAAACUUUCCGAGCCGCUGUGUGUGAUAACCAAUCGAGGAGAGCGAUUCAAGCAGGCGCAGCAGAAAGAGGACUCAAUUCGACUGGAGGAGAACCAAUUCAUUGUGCGUGGCACCAAAAGAGUCUACUCGGAAAUGAACCAACAUCCGGAAGUUUUUCCAUUCGCGGCCAACGAAAGUUUUAUGCGGCCCAGUAAAAUAAUAAAGACUGCUCAUCAUGUAGUGCCAACAGCCACCUAUGUGGGACCCAGUUUGGAUCAUCAAGCUGCCUCUGAGGAGGAAACGGAGCGCAGUUCUUCCUCAGUUCUUAACGAAGAAGAGCCGGAAGCGCCGUUGCGAAGCGUAAACUUACUGGAGCCGUUGGCUGGAGCUCAGAACAAUGAGCAAAGAGACGACAUGUGGAGACCUUGGUGAAGAAGCCUGAUCUUCAAGCAAAAGCCGACUAAAUCAGAUACUUUGGCUGAGGUUUUCUCGAAUCAGUGAGAUGGUGAUAGGAAAAAAGCUUUAAUUUUGUAUAGUUUCUUACUAUUUAAACGUAAUAAUUCCACAUCUAUUUCUGAUUUUCUUUUAAAUAAUUGCAUACAAAUAUUUUUUGUAUGUUGCGUGUAAAUUUGAUUUUUAACACAAAGGUAGACCUGCAAGUGCCAGUCUUAGGUUAAAAAUGAUAUUAUUUGCCACGCAAAUAUAAUAAGUAAUCGCAAUCUAAUUAGGCUAUUUUCUAUAGAACUGUACAAAUAGAAAUUAGCAAAAUAAAAAGUGAAUAGAGAUAGUUAUGUAGGAUUAAUAAACCGUUAAAGA